CCCCACCACCAAAUUCUUUCUUUUUCGAUUUUUUUUUGGUCUCGACUCUUCUUCUCUCUUCUGAAUAGGAAUAGUAUGAAUUGAUGGAGGCUGGUUACAGUUGAGGCAUACUGUUUUAAGAUCAUGGGUUCUUACAGGAAAGCUAAGCUUGCUGUUGAUGCCUUCCGGGGCUUCGCUUCGAGGAUCGUAACCCGAGCGCCGAUUGGAGAGGCAAGCCAGGGAUUCAAGCGCCAGCCUCAUUCUUCGAUUUCUGGAACUGGGAACGCUAGGACUUAUGGCCUUUCUGGUUCAUCCUUGAUUUCUUGGAGAACAAAUCUUCAAAUUGGAGGGAAACAGAGUCAUCACCUUCCCUUUCUUGGCGGUGGGAAGAGAUUUUACUACGUAGAUCGGUAUCGAGUUCAGCAUUUCAGACCCAGAGGCCCUAACCGAUGGUUCCAGAACCCACGGACCGUGCUCGUUGUUGUUCUUGUUGGUUCGGGUGUGUUGAUUACUGUUUACUUUGGGAGUUUGGAGACAAUUCCUUAUACAAAACGGAAUCAUUUCGUGCUUUUGCCGAAGAGGAUUGAGAGGCAGAUUGGAGAAACUCAGUUUCAGCAGUUGAAGGCUGAGUUCAAGGGAAAGAUCCUUCCUGCUAUACACCCUGAGAGUGUUCGGGUGAGAUUGAUAGCGAGGGACAUAAUUGAAGCUCUGCAAAGAGGGUUAAGCCAUGAACGUGUGUGGGGCGAUCCCGGGUAUGCAUCGGAAACCAGUGGGAUGUCCGAAGGUAGCACCACCCAUGAUGCUUUGACGGCAUUGCGUAGCGGUGCAGAGGGGAAGUUUGAAGAAGGUUGGAACCGUGAGGAUGAGAUUCUUGAUGACAAGUGGGUUGAAAAGUGCCGGAAGAAAGGUCAUGAGCGGGGUUCACAACCUGCAACUGAUCAUUUGGAAGGAUUGAAUUGGGAGGUGCUUGUGGUGAAUGAGCCUCUUGUGAAUGCCUUCUGCCUUCCAGGUGGGAAGAUUGUUGUUUUCACCGGGUUGUUUGGCCAUUUCAAGUCUGAUGAAGAGAUAGCUACUAUAAUUGGGCAUGAGGUUGGACAUGCAGUAGCUCGACAUUCUGCAGAGGGGAUCACAAAGAACCUAUGGUUUGCCAUCCUACAGCUGAUUCUCUUACAAUUUGUUUCCAUGCCUGAUCUUGUUAAUACAAUGUCACACCUUCUUCUAAGGCUUCCUUUCUCACGGAGGAUGGAGAUGGAAGCAGAUUACAUUGGGCUAUUAGUGAUGGCUUCUGCUGGAUAUGACCCCCGGGUAGCACCCAAAGUUUAUGAGAAAUUGGGUAAGGUCGGAGGUGAGUCAGCUUUGAGUAAUUAUCUCUCCACUCAUCCCUCUGGAAAGAAGAGAGCAGAGUUGCUAAGCCAGGCCAAAGUCAUGGAAGAAGCACUUACCAUAUAUAGGGAAGUAAGAGCAGGCCGUGGGGUUGAAGGUUUUCUAUGAAAAGUUGAUUUCCAUCUGGAAGAUCAGCACAAUUUCUAACCAGGGUCAAUGUCAGAGAUGAAGCUUAAUCAUAUGCAGGGAGAUGAGCAGGCUAUGAUACAAAACACUACCUGAAAGAGUCAAAACUGUAUUUCUGAUUCUGAUUGCCUGCAUAAUGGCAUUUAUGCAACCUUUGAAUGCUUUCUGGUAGGCUCAACACAUCUGUUUGUGUGUACCAUGUAUUUUACCUUGGCAUUCAUUUCCAACCAAAUUUUCUAUGA